GAGAUGGACAAAGAGAACCAAUUUCAACGCCUGUCAAAAUCGUUUGUUCUUCUCAGCUUAAUGACACUCACGACCUGUGCUAUUGAGACGGUGAAUGUAGUGGACUUCUGUGGACAGAUCAUCCGGGGAGAUGGUAUGAUUGUGAACUCACACCUGGAGUCCAAGAAGUACUACUUUGUCACCAUGGGCACAGACUGCCAUCUAACCAUGCAAGCAGCGUCUCCCAAGGACAAGGUCCAGUUCCAUUUCCGUUUCUUCCUGGUUUACAGUCUGCUGCGCGUUGCACCCCUCAGCCCAGCCCCACUCUUUCCAGAGUCCCCUCGAGGCUCCUCCGCACUCGCUCCACGUUUGGAGCCCACACCAGGGGAGGGUCCAGGCGACCCAUGCCACGCAGGAUCCUACAUCCAGUUCCAUGACGGGCGGGAUAAGAGCUCGCCUACCAUUGGGCCACCAUUAUGUGGGAAGAGUCCACCGAGACCCGUGCUCUCCACGGGCAACUAUCUGACCCUGCGCCUGGUGACCCGGGGUACGCAGCCCAGAGUGGACUUUGUGGGAGACUUCACUUCCUUUAGACUGGGUUUUAACCAAUCAGAGUGCAGUGGGGAGCCUUACUUCUCAUGCCGGAAUGGGAAGUGUAUCCCCAUGAGUCUGGUCUGUGAUGACAAGGGAAUCGACAACUGUGGGGAUGGAAGUGACUUGGAAGACCACCUGCCCACAGGAUGCAAUUCAGCAGGCCAGUUGUCUCCAGUGCAACCCCCAUCCCCAGUUGUAACUGUUCCGCCACCACCUAUCUUCAACCCGCCCACUGUGGCAGUAUCUACUCACAGGAACUGUGGUACACCAGACAGCAUACCCAAUCAUGACUCUGUGACAGACUCCCCUUCCCAUGUGUCUCUGCUGGCCCUUUACAUCGUCCUGGGUGUGAUAGCUGGUGGGUUGCUCCUUUGUUGGUGCUGCUGGUCACCUGGCUGGUUUCUCUGGAGGGUUAGUGUCUGUCGCUUCUUGCCAUGCUGCAACUCCACUUGUGCCUCCUGUCACCUGUGCGCCCGCAGCUGUGCCCACAAAAAGGAUCACCGCCCGGCUAAAGUUACCCCACAAGGACCAAUCAACAGCACUGCCAUGGGAGUGCUCACCUCAGCCAUGGCUAAUGCUAAUGCCAAUGCUAAUGCUAACACUGUGGCAGUGUAGCAUAGCAUGGCUAGCUACAGUGGUUUGGAGAUGAACAUGCUAAUCCUAAAUCCAGACUGCGUGGAGGUAGCAUCGGCUACAACAAUGUAGAGAGAUGGAGGCCAAAGUGAAUUGAAUUGAAUGUCUUAAACAGUGUGGUGUGGUUCAAACCUAUGUCUUACUCUCCAUCCUAUUUUAUGACUUUAU